UUUCUCGCACGUCUGAGUUUUGUUUUCCGACAGUCAAGGCCCGCUUUCGAUCGACGAGGUCGACCACUGACGACACAGUAGUACAGCGUGACUCAGAUGGCUACUGGUGAUGGGGAGGCAGUAAUAAGAACUGGAGCCAAGAGAAAGAGACAGGAACUGCAGGGAGAAGGCAAGCAAGAGGGAGACAAGAAGUUCAAAGGCGAAGGGGACCAAGUCUGGACGUGGAAGAAACCACUCCCUCCAAGUAAAGCCACACUCAGGAAGGUCUUUGAGAACACCAGUGCCCUCAGUUACCUCUGCGACCGUCUCUCCAUCCCUUAUGAUAAGAGAGAUGUUGACAGUGCAGUAGAGUACUAUGUACAGAGUACAGAUCCAAUGAAAAUGAGAGACAUGAUAUUCAAUCUGGACAAGAUUGGAGACACAGCUCUAGCAGACUCAUUGAUGGAGUAUGCAGAGCCCCCAGCAGAUCCAUCCCUCAAUCCACACCUCCUCAUACCAGUCUUUACUGCCAUAUCUGGAGACUGGGGGGAGAUUCGUAUUCCAGGCUUUCAUUCUGGCUACAGUACAGUACCAAAUGCCAGGGAUGCUCUCUUCCGUGAGAAGUUCAGUGAUCGUGAUCAAGUCACUGCUGAGGCUGGGAAGUACUAUGCUCUCUAUCGUCCUUAUCCCAGCUGGAAAUACUUAUCCCGCUGGCUCUAUAGAGCUAGAGAAACAAAGGCUGUGGGG